AUGGAAUAUGUUACUGGGAUUACGAACCAAAUUUGUAUCUUGGCUGUUGCGGAUUCCGUACACGAGAUUGUUCUAGAGCAGUACUGUCACAAGCUAUGUACUGCCAUCAGUACUGUUGUGGAAGAUGAAUUAGACUUCAAGUACGGAAUUCCCGUGGUAAUUGAAGAAUACUGCUCUGAACUGACUAUUGGCAUACUAAAAUCUGCCUACAAAAAUGCUCUGAAACCACUCAGUCAUCGCAACCUAUAUAAAACUUCGGUUGACAACUGCAAAAACCAUAUUAGCGAAAUACUGCAGGUUUCUACUGGAAACUUAAAUGAAUCGGCUUCAAACCAUUCGUUCCAGUCACUGAAAAGUUCUGUCAGUCAAAAAUCAACAUCGAGUCAUGAUUCAGAAUCUGUUCAACACAGUGAAGAAGAAUGUUGUUAUGUACUUCUGGAAGAAAAUGAAGGAAAGCUUUUACAAAAGCUGAUCGCAUUACAAAAUUUUUCCGAGGAGCUCUGGAUUCAUAUAUUAUUCCUAGUGCUGACUGACGUGAUAGUUGAAAAGUUUGAAAAUCUAAAAAGAAGCUCUGCAAAUAACUGCAUAUCAUCUGAAGCGAUAGAUACUGUGAAAAAAAACAAGUCUUUUCCAACUACGAACGAAUACGAGUGUGAUGAAAACAACAGCAGUGUUACGUCUGAACAAUUUGAAAGUAACUACACUUUGUUAGACAAUGAACAACAUUAUCAAAAGUGUGACGAAUUAAAAACGAUUUCAGAUAUCAGUACAAAUCCAUCGCAUGCGGUAUUAUACAAAACAACACAACAGAGUGAAUCAGGUUUCAUGACAGAAUCUGACUUAGAAAAUACGGAGCUAUUUUCGACCGAAAAGCAAAAAUGUGAUUCAGAGAUAUUCAGCUCUAGAUGUUCAUACGCACAGAUAUUCACCACCGUUUCAAUCGAAAAAUUGCAUGCACAUAAUAGCGACACGAAUGAUAACUUGUUCAGAUACACUAAAGACAUUCGAAAAGCAAAAUAUGAUCGUUCAGAAAAUAUACACACAGGAACAAUCCAAGGUACAUAUUAUUAUGAAAAAAACAAUAAAAAAAAUAACAGAACUCAUAGUGUGAAUAAGUGGUCACUUUUAACACACAAAAAUUCCAAGACUGUAACUAAUAAUGAGUUUUUAUUGAAUCUGUCCACUGGAGAGGACAUGAAGUCUAGAAGCGAAAAAGUUUCCACUCAUGACGAUCCGAAAAGUCCUGUCGACAAAAAAGCCCAAACACUGAAAAGCUCCUCAACCUCGAAAGCUGGAAACCUCGACAUUGACUUCGCAGUUCCGUCAGAAAUAGAGGAAACCGUUGUUGGUUUAGAAUUGAGGGAAAUGUAUUCGAAUGUUGCGGAUGAA